AACAGAGUAAGCAGCACCCAAUAUGUUAGCUACAUUCGCCCGAAGGGUCGCCGGAAAAUGCAACGUGAGGUUCCUGAGCGGCGAAAAACCGGCGGAAAAAACCGCCCUGUACGAUUUCCACGUGGAAAACGGCGGAAAAAUGGUGAAUUUCGGCGGGUUUCUGCUGCCAGUUCAAUACGGAGACCAAAGCAUCGUUAAUUCCCAUUUGUUCACCAGAAAAUGCGCUUCCCUAUUCGAUGUAUCUCACAUGCUACAAACUGAAAUAAGAGGUGAAAAUUGCGCGGAAUAUUUAGAAACGACUUGCACGGCGGACAUCAGAGGUCUUAAAGAGAACGCUUCCACGUUAACUGUAUUUACCAACGAAAAAGGCGGCAUUUUAGACGAUUUAAUCGUAACGAAAAUUUCAAAUCAACACCUUUACGUCGUGUCCAAUGCGGCCAUGAAAACGCAAGACAAAGCGAUUUUCCUUAACGCCUUGAACAAGUACAAAAGCGACAAAACUUCCUCGGACAUCGAGAUAAAGUUCUACGAACCGAGCGAAAGGAGUUUGAUAGCUCUGCAAGGGCCCAAAGCCUCGGAAGCUUUGAGUUCUCUAACGGACGUCGAUCUGGCUGGAUUUUACUUUAUGAAUUCCACGAUAGGCGAUGUGGCUGGAGUGAAAGAUUGCAGAAUAACCAGAUGCGGUUACACGGGAGAGGACGGUUUCGAAAUCUCCAUGCCAGCCGAGCAUACCGAAAAAAUCGUUAGAGAAUUAUUGAACAACGAUAACGUUAAAUUGGCCGGACUCGGAGCUAGAGACUCUCUAAGAUUAGAAGCGGGAUUGUGCCUUUACGGGAACGACAUUUCACCUGAGACUACGCCCGUCGAAGGGGCCUUGACUUGGUUAAUAGCGAAAAAACGAAGACAGCUCAGGGACUUCCCCGGUGCAGAAGUAAUUCUAAAUCAGAUAAACGAAGGAUCGAAAAUUAAAAGAAUCGGUUUGGUGUCUCAUUCGGGUCCUCCGGCCAGACAAGGAGCGCCGAUAUUAUCCGAAAAAGGAGAGGAAAUAGGAAGGGUAACGUCAGGUUGCCCUUCUCCGAGCUUAGGUAAAAAUAUAGCCAUGGGUUACGUGUUAACGAGUCACAAUAAAGCGGGAAAUAAGGUAAAUUUGAAAAUUCGGGAGAAAACGUACGAAGCUGUUAUAUCGAAAAUGCCUUUCGUUAAAUCUAAUUAUUAUAACAAGAAGAAUGUAGAUUAAUAAACGCCUUAGACC